UCAACACCCAACACCAAUUCGCCCAUUAGCUGUGCUGCUGUACCAAGAUGAUUACCGCUCACGUUUCUGUAUAGUCAUGGGUUAAAAGGGUAACUGCACAGACAAUGGAUCUACAAAUCAGCUGGUCAUUAUUGUUCUUCUGUCUGAUCGUGCAGGUGAAUUGCGACCAUCUUGUGUCAGAACAAGAUCUGGCGCUGCUGGCUGCUGAGAAGUACCCAGUGUGUUUCACUAGAAAGUUUGAAGACUUCACCUGCUUCUGGGAGGCACCUGUGGGGAAAUCCUAUGACUUUUUUUAUAAAGUAGAUUAUGAUGCAGAAAGUAGAUGUAACAUAACGCAGCAGGAGACUGCAGAAAGAAAAAUCCUCCAUAUCUGCUCCUUCCCACCAAGUGAUGUCUUUAUUUUCACCUGGACGGAUGUCAGAGUGGUGGAUAAAGAUACCAACACAACUGUCUACAGUCGCACCCUUAACGUAGAGGACAAUUGCCUGUUUUAUCCUCCGUCAAAUGUGUCUCUCUACCGUACUGGAAAGGCGGGACAAAUUCUGGUGAAGUGGCCAGCACCAACAGAAUUGAAAAAUCAAGUGUGGUAUGAGCUACGUUACACCUCUAAGACAUUACAGGAUACAGUUAAAUUGGAGAAAGGUUCCCGAUUUGAGUAUCUGUUGCUCUCCCUCGUCCCAGGACACCCGUGCACAGUGCAGAUCAGGGUUAAGGCCAGUUUUGCUAAGACUGGAGGGCACUGGAGUGGCUGGUCAACUCCAGUCACAAUAAUGGUGCCUCAGACAGCAGCUGACAUUGAAUUGAAGUGCCACACCUCUGAUUUGCACCAAGUCCGUUGCCAGUGGGAUGAGGAGCGAUAUGGCUAUGCAAGCCUACAUUACAGACAAACCGACAGAAAUAUUUGGGGGAACUGGAAGACAUGUGACAAGAGUGAUGCCUUGGCAAGCCAGUGUGUUCUCCAUGGGGAGGAACACACCAUGUUUGAGGUUUACCUUACAGCCGCAUUUGGACUCCUCAGCCGAACUUUUUACAUGGACGUGUUUAAGAUGAACAACAGCAUCAAAACAGAGCCUCCCGGGGGGCUUAAAGAGGAGAUCGUUGGGGAAAGGCUUUGCCUGAGAUGGAUCUCUCCUCUUCCACAAAUAUCUGAGCAUUUAAUGUAUCAGGUUCGCUACCAGCUACAAGGAGAAAGCACAUGGAAGCUUUUUAAAGUGGAAAAUCCCAACACCAGCAUCUGUCUGGAUGUGCAAGCAAGCGGCCAGUACACCAUCCAAUUACAAGCUAAGCCCAAUGGAGUACUCUACAGCGGCGACUGGAGUGAUUGGACUAACCCUCUCACAAAAGAACUGACCUUAAGUGCAGGGUUGCUGUUAAUUGCUUGUGUACCCUUUGGCUUGCUCGUGAUUUCUGUCGUAAUGUUGUCCUUCUUCUCCAGAUAUGUCAGUAAGCUCAAGCAGGUUCUGUGGCCUCCAGUUCCAAACCUGAACGAUGUGCUGGAAAAUUUCUUAAAGGAUAUCGAUGGCCAACACUGGAAGCCAAAUAUCAGCAUCAAGCAUUGCGAUGAUGACACUCCUGCUUCUGUGGUGGAGAUCAUGUCAGAAAAGGAGACUCAAGCCAUGAAAAAACCUUCCAGGCCAUCUACCUGCCCAUACAUCACACAAUACCAGUUGGCUGUGGAUGGCAAUGAGGAGCAAGUCCUGGAGAUGUGCCAAGAAUAUGUCAUCCUGAAGUCCAGCCCUGUCCACGUCUGUUGCCUGAAUGGGAAUAAUUACGUUUAUGGACUGAAUGCAUCACUGGAUAAGCUCGAAGAAAGCAUCUUGUAUACCUCUCUUCAUUCCGACCCUUGUGCAGCCUCCACCACCAGCAUCCUCAACCACUCCUAUUUGCAGGCUGAGGUCGGAGGCCUCGAUGCCGUAACCGGCCAUUACACCAAUCUGGAAAAUGUACCAACCGCUAAGGAAAAGUGAAAACUAUGCACAGAGCAGUACAGUCGAUCAGGACACAACCUUACUGAGGAUUGAAAGCAUUGAUGUGAAAUGGAAAAAGAAAUCAAGACUUAAACUCAUCUCUGAAAACAACGUCUAUCUGCUUUGUUGCUUUCUACCUUGAAAGCUAAAGGUUGUACAGUAUGGAAAAUCUUCAAAGGCAUCAUUCUCAAAGUGCAAGGCAAGGAAUUUAGAGGGGAAAAAAUGUGCACCAAAACUCCACAAUACCACAGUGGUGUUUCAACACAAUCACAUUCGAGAAAUUUCAUAAUUACCCAACACUUCUUGUAGUUUCUGGUGUAACAGAACAGGGAACAUUAUUUCUCAGUCAUGAGUUUGCUAUUUACUUUGACAAUUCAUCAUAUUGUAUAUUAUAAUAACUUUGAAAUGUUAACUUAUACAGCAUAGCAUAACCUGUAAAUAUUUCACAUAGGUAUAUAUUUAGAAGUCCUGUUUUA